GAAUACAUUGUGAUCAAGAUGUGAUUUUUGAAUUGUUAAAAUGGUUUUGAGAAUGAUGAAAUGCGAGUUUAUUUUAUUGCUUGUUCUUGAAACAGUUAUUGCUGUUACAGUAAAAAAUGUGAAAAUUAACAAUUUUGAAUUAGAGUAUUUUGUGACCUACGAAAAUUGGUGUAAAUCUGAUAAAGACAGAUUUCAGUUUAUAGUAGGUAUAACUAUCGAACAAUGUGUGGCAGAGUGCAGUGCACGGGACCACUGCAAUUCUCUUAUCUAUAGAAAUCAAAUCAACGGAUGUGAGCUUUUCCUUACUUCAGAAACGGAUCAGUCAAACCCCGGCGAGUGUGUUUAUGUUAGAAAAGACAACAUCAACGUGACGAAGAGUCCUUGUCAAGAAGGUUGUGACAACGGGAAGGUCUGUGAAUCAGCAAGUUCCAUAAAGGGAAUGUGUAACAUAAAAGAGUGUAUCAACACCAAAGCCCCGAAAAAUGGUACAGUUCUUGGGAAUCAAAGGGGAGUUGGUGACAAGAUUCGUUACAUGUGUAAUCCCGGAUACGAACCAAAGAACGACGGCCAAGAACCUGUAGCUGUAUGUCUUCACAGCGGACAAUGGAGCCAUGUGACAGAAUGUGUAAAAACUAACUAUACUUGGGCGGAUUCAUGGUCACCAUGGAGCACAUGCAGUUUAAGUUGUGAGUCCGGACAAAAAUCAAGAACGAGGGAGUGCUCUCUUCGCAUAGAAGGCAACGGUACAUCUAAUUGUGAUAAAGGGGAUGUUGAUGUUGAUACUAUUACUUGUAAUAACCAAUCCUGUCCUACACCGACGCAUGGGAAGAGUUGUUCAAGUAAUACAGACUGUAUAGAAACAGAAGGUGUGUGCAUAGAAGAAAUAUGUUUCUGUCACCAUCUAUUUGAAUACAACAACACAGUUAAUAACUGUACAAAAGGUAAUGAAUACAUGUAUAUGAUUAAAGUUACCAUAGUACUACAAUAGACAUAUUGUAUAAGUUUAAAUGCAUAUCGUAUUGCUUCAGAUACCAGUAUGCAAAAUAAAAAAAAGCAUAACACAACUUUUAACUUUUAAGCAACACUUUACAAUAUUAGGUUAAGC